CGUCAUGGAUAGUCCCAAGAUGCAGGAUGGGGUCUCCCCGGGCUGCUCUUCCAACAGUAUAAAUGUGGAGCGGCUCGGCAGCAGUUCACACAGCAGAGGGAACAAACCAGGAGAGCUCAGCUGAGACUUUAAUCACCGCUGCAACAAACACAAACUUCAGGAUGGCCGCUGCUCGUCUCACUCUGUCUGUGGUUGUUCUCAUGCUGGCUGUCAUCGCUCUGACUGAGGGCAUGCGCGGGCCCGGCCCAAAGAAAUGCUGCUUUCGCUUCAAUGAAAAGGAAGUGCCUAAAGCAAAAGUGGUCAGCUACAGCAAGACCAGCCAGCGCUGCUCCCAGGCCGCCAUCCUGCUGAACACGGCGGCAGGCCGACAGCUGUGUGUCAAACCUUCAGCCCCCUGGGUGAAGGAGCUCAUCGCCUACCUGGAUGCCAAGGCCGUCCCAGGACAGGUAUCCAACCUGUAACCAUGGAGCCUACCCCGGAAGAGCCGUCAUGGACAAAAUCAGCCAGUUUAUGUUUGAAUGCUGGAAGUUUUUAAGCUGUAAGCAAACAGCAGCUCUUCUAUCUAAAUGCUAAAUCUUUACCAGAUAUUCUCAGAGUUAAAGACAUAAUUAUAGGAUUCAUUUGCUGGGAGAAAACAAAUAGGAAUGAUUUUCUGCAAUCAAAGAGUUUUUGUUUGUUUACACUGCCAUUCUUUAGAUACUGAUAUUUAAUAUUUUUACUUUUCUGACUCUGAAUAUUUAUAUUAUACUGGAUGAAUAUGUUUUUGCUUAAUAGGACACUUAAAGUCUGACCGUAAGCACUGUGAUACUUUUAAAGUGUAAUCUGUAAUGACUUGAGCAACAGUGACAGAGCAGUGCCUCCCACCUCCACAUGGUGUCAUCAGUAAACAGCAGUAUAAGCUAUGGGCUGCAGCACUGUUUCUGCACGGAGGACAAUUAGCUUGGUUUUCAUGUAAAAGUUUCCAUGCUUAUGCUACUAAGUUCACUCUUAAAUUAAAGUUAAAGGAUCUGCAAAUGUUUGUCUUUGUCAUUGUGUUUUCUUGCAUGCUGCAACAGCUUGUGUCACUUGAAUAGAAAGUAGAGCAACAGCUGACAAAGGAGGACACCAGAGGAGUGCUCUCAGACAUCAUCUGUUCACUGGUCAUUUUGAUGGAUUGGUGGUAACUGUUGUUGCAGCUCUCAUGUAGGUCCACAAAAUGCUUUUAGGUUGUUGGUCAUAGCAAAAUGAUUUGUGCAGCUUUUCUUCAGUAUCAUAACUGUUAAAAAAUGUUCCAUUGUGCUUUUGUAACUGUUGAGAUUUUGGUUCAUGUAAAAUGGAGUCAAAGGGCUGAACAACCUCUGUGCUUGUUUCUUUUCUCUCGUGUCUAACAGAAGCCUCACAUAAGCCUGUUUUAAGAAUAUGUCUGUGACAGUCAAUAAAUAAAUAAAUCCGUCAUCAUGUCAAAA